AUGGCUGUGACAGCCCUGGGAAAGCGCCAGAGGAGCGCCAUCGAGACAGAAGCUUCUCUUCCGCUGCAUAGUGAUAGCAAACGCCGGACACAGCACCCCCGAGUCCAUCGUGAGAGCAAUCAGUCACCAGAAGCACCCUCGACUCGCCGGCUUCGAUCUCGGACAAUAUACAACGACGAGCCUCAAUCUGAGAAUGCCGCCACCACAAAAAGCCGCUCGCCUGUCUCUAGGCGGAAAAAGAAGACUGAUUUGCAGGAGGAUCAGGAGCCGUCCUAUUCGAAAGAGAAUAUUAUACGGAGUACAUCCCAAACUUUUGACGUCAGAACUCCUACGAAGGCCAGAUAUCGGGAUGCUCUUGGCUCGCCGCCUGUCACACCGAAGCAUCGAGUUCAGGUGGGAGCGAAAGCUCUAACACCCCGUACGCCGCGACAGUUGGGAACUCCGACCACUACUCAGACUGUCUACACCCAAGCCCGUCAGCUAUUCGCGCGAGGUGCAAAUUCGGGGCGUAUCAUCGGUCGUGAGGUGGAGAAAGAAAAGCUUGCAUCGUUCAUCGCCGAUGGCAUGAAGUUCAAAAAGGGCGGGUGCAUGUAUGUCAGCGGUCCUCCAGGUACCGGCAAAAGUGCUCUUGUUAAGGAGGUUCUUGAUGAAGUUGAAAUUAAGCCGGCAAGAGUCGCGCAGCUGAACUGUGCGAGUAUGAGGACAGCGCGGGACGUCUACAGCAAGCUUACGGAGGAUCUGUGUGAUGAUGACGAUGUUUUCAAAAAGAGCGAAGCCGACAGGCUCAAAAUCAUGCUGGAUGAAAUUGACCAUCUUCUCACAUCGGAUGCUGGCAUCCUCCAGUCUUUAUUUGAGUGGUCACUACAAGGGGAAUCGAAGUUGUUGUUGAUUGGAAUCGCUAACGCACUUGAUCUAACCGAUCGAUCCCUGCCUCAACUGAAGGCAAAGAACUUGAAGCCCCUUCUGCUCCCAUUUCUGCCAUACAAUGCCAGCCAGAUUGCAGGCGUGGUUAUCGAACGCCUUCGCUCAUUGCUCCCAGAAGGCCAGGUGGAGGAUCCGAAUUUCAUUCCUUUUGUCCAACCUGCAGCAAUCCAGUUAUGUGCAAAAAAGGUGGCUUCGCAAACCGGAGAUCUACGAAAGGCUUUCGAGCUCAUCAAACGAGCAAUCGACGUGAUUGAGCAGGAAACGAUACAGAAACAUGACAUGCAGAAUCUAAACAGCCCUUCCAAAACUAUUUUGGUCGAAAAUAACAAUCUUUCAUCGUCACCUAAGCAUUCAUUGGCGAAGGGGACUUCGGCACUUCCUUACACGAUUAUGACAGCACCCCGAGCUAGCAUUGCACAUGUCGCAAAAAUCACAUCAUCAGUUUUUGGACAGGGAACAACUCAGAGGCUACAGUGCCUCAACCUUCAACAAAAAGCGGCAAUUUGUGCGCUGGUCGCACUGGACCGAAAACGACGCGAAAACGACAUUCCGCAAACUCCAUCCAAGUCCAAGAACUUGGCUCCAACAGUUAAACAAAUAUUUGAUGCAUAUUGUACCCUUUGCAGGACGGACAAUAUUCUGCACCCAUUGACUGCAACUGAGUUUAAAGAUGUUCUUGGUAGCUUGGAGACUUUAGGCCUUGUCGGUGAAUACCAAGGUCGAGGUCGUGGUGGUACUGUCGCUGGCGGCUCAGACGUCCGACGCACGCCUUCAAAAUCUAGCGGAAGCUCACUUAGCAAAGCAUUGGACGAGCAAAACCUUGUUUGCUUCGUAUCCCAGAAAGAAAUUGAGAGUCAGAUCACUGGGCCAGGUGAAGGUAUUCUUAGGAGGCUGUUUUCGGGUGAAGGUCUAUGA